AUGGUUGCGAACUGCUGUACGACCCGAGCCCCGGGCAGGGGGGGAGGGGAGGAGGAGGUGAGACAGAUGUCAGCAAUACUAAUGAGCCGUCAGUGCCACGUCCGCGGUGAUCUACGUUCCCUAAUAGAUCUGCUAUGCUCCGAGCUCCUAGCGAUAUUUCAUCCCGGCGAAUCACAUUAUUCUGUCCGGGGGCCGGUGCUACACCUUCCCACCACUGUCGCCGUCGGAACAGAUGCCUUCUUCUUACCAUUAGUUGGUGUCAUAUCAAAUGGUCCCGGGCUCUUGUUGAAACGUCGGUCCCAGUGUUGGUUUACAACAGCGGUGGUGUGUGUCAAAGUGGCCUGUAAUUUAGUACCAAGUCAAGUGAGGGCCUGGUACCCGUCAAAGACGUCUGGAUCGUAUCCUAGUCAACUUGCCCCAGUCUUUUAUCUUAAGGUUCCGGAAUCUACUCUUCGUCGUACCUUCACACCCGAAAGGGCAGGUGUCCUGUUCGAUCCUUUAGUUCUCCGCAUUAAUUCAAACAGUUUUCCGACUCCUGAAUUUCUUCUCCUUUGCCGGCACGAGGAACGAAAUUUAUUACCGGGAUUCCCUUUCUCUACCGCCCUCUUCGCCCUUUAUUACUUGGCCCAUGAGGUUCGUCCAGAAAUCCGUUUAUCCGUAGCCCCUCCCGGGCCAUUAUUACAUCAAAGGAAACGAGAUGAAAUCUCGGUGAUCGAGUUGGGAGUUUGUCAACAUCCCACUUCCGGCGACCCCUUUCGAUCGUCCUGGCUUUUCGACUUCCGCUCAUCUCCCCUCCCCCCACCAGUUGGAGCAUGUGUCCAAUACUCAUCGGUGAACGUGAGCCGGGAAAAGGUAUUACUCCUGCUUCAUUUCUCUCCUAUGUACCGGAUCCGUCUUAGAACUUCUUCAUCCCUGGGAUUAAUGCUGGUCCUUGGAAAUGUUAGAUAUUGGCCGCUACCGAAAGUAUUGGAAAUAACACCAUUUUAUGAACCGAACCGUACUUAUUUUUAG